AUGGAGAGCCAAGCCAUACAGAGCUGGUGGAAAGACACCACCAAGCUGGUGAAACACUUUCUGAAGGAAGAUUUUCUGAUUGUAGCAGGGGACCUCAAUGCUUCUGUUGGCUCCGAGAUUUCAGAUGCCAUCGGAGGCCUUGCGGCAGAAAAGGAAGAUGAGGCGGGCGAAUGUGUCAGAAAUUUUGCCCGCGACUUUCAGUUGUGGCUGCCCAGUACCUUUUCCGACAUUCAUACAGGUGCGACUCACACCUACCAGCAAAAGAAGUCCGGAAAACUCUGUCGCCCGGACUAUGUGCUGCUGCCCGAGGCAUGGGCCAAAGGACAAAUCCUAUCGUGGACUGACCCGGAAAUCCACGCUGCCCAUGUCAAUCAGGAUCACACAGCUACGGUGGUCGAUGCGCGCGUCUGCUUCCAGCUGGUUGGGGUGUAUCAUCUAAAGGUCGCGGGCCAAGCGCUGCGUGAGGCUUGCCGUGCCGACCGAGAUGCAUAUACCAAUGACCUCGCCCUACAGUUUGAAAAUGGGUCGUCUCGCGCUAUGUAUGCAGCUUACCACAGACUCUUGGGACACAAGAGGAAGAAACCGUUCCAGCUGGAGCCACCCCCAGGAAUCAAGAAGGCUGAUGGCUCAGUAUGUUCGGAUCAAGGCGAGCUUCUCGAGCGAUGGCGAAGCCAUUUCGGGGCCCUCGAAGCUGGCCGAGCCACAUCUGUGCUGGCCCUCGUAGAGGAGGCGCUCGCCACCUCUGGCGCACAGCAGGAGCAUUGGCCACAUCCUGAGGAUACUGAUUGCGCCCCAACCGAGGCCUUCUUGCAAAGGACUCUAGCCUCGACGAAGCUCGGGAAAGCCCCGGGCUUUGAUGCGCUGCCACUGCCCGAACUGUGUAAGACGUUCGCGCCUGAGCUGGCCGCUGCCUUGCACCCGCUGGCCCUCAAACAUGUGUGGCUAGGACAAGAAGCGGCCUCCUUUAAAGAGGUUUUUCGAAAGGACGGCGCCGCCCUUGCAACUGGGAGGGCGCACUGGUUGCAGUGUGGUCUUUGGGGCCCAUCUGGCCCGGUGCGUGACUCGCAUUGCAUCUCUCCAGCGCAGGCCCAGCUUCCUUGUGUUCGCAGACAUCGCGUCAGCGUUCUACGGGGCGAUCACCCAGUUGAUCGCAUCAUGCAACGGCACAAUAUCGGAUCCGGACUUUGCCAAAUUACUGGACAGCCGAACCUCACUGCAGAGGAUGUGGCCGACAUCCGUGCUCACUUGCAAGCGGACUCGGCUAUGCAUACUGCUGGAUCCAACGCAUGGCUUGAAGCCCUGGCUGAUAACAUUUCCGGCGGGAACUGGUUUAUCCUCAAGAACGACGUCGUUCCGGUGAGGACAUAUCGGGGAACCAGGCCGGGAUCGGCUUUUGCAGACGUAGUUUUCGCACUUCUGAUCCCGAGAGUUUUGGCACUUCGUGAUGCCCUCCGCAGUUCGGCCAUUGAGCACUCAUGCGCCCCUGUUCUUCCGUGGGACGGGGAGUUUGUCUUGAAGGCGUGCACCUGCGAGGAACCGCGCUCCUCCAUUACGGUUUCCGAGGUGGUGUGGGCGGACGACCUUGCCAUUCCUCGAUGGUGUCACACCGCCGACAGUGUUAGAGCAGGGAUCGCAACAGAAGCAGGGGCGUUGGCCGACGCUUUUAGCUCCUUUGGGAUGCGCCUUUCGGUCGCCCACGAGGUACGAUAUCGCAUCUCACAGGCCAAAGCGGCGUUCCAAGAGGCGAAAAGGAAAGUUUUCAAAAAUCGCGCCAUCAGCCUCCGACGCAAGGCGGUCCUGCUGCAGUCAACGGUGCUCUCCCGUCUUUUGCAGGGGGCUGGUUCCUGGCCGCCCCUUGUGAACCGAGACCGCCAUGCGUUUGAUGCCACAAUAUGGGCUUUCUACAGAGUCCCGAGGGGCGGCGAGCAGGAUUAUACCGCCUUGUCUUGCUGUGCUCUGGCACGCCUUGACAGCCCCGAUACCGAUACUAUCCUCCGACGCUGCAGGUUGUCUUAUCUUAGGCAGCUAGUUCAAUCAGGUCCUCCUCAAUUGUGGGCCGCAAUACGCAGCGAUCGUGAGUAUGCCGAGAUGCUUGAAGCUGAUCUACGCUGGCUGUGUCAGUGGACACACGCCACAACAGAACUCCAACACCCGGACCAGCAUUGGAGUCUAUGGUGGCAGUGCAUGAAGCAUCAGCCUGGAUGCUACAAGGGGUUGGUAAAACGAGCCUGUGCCCUCGAUGGAUGCAGGAUAUCUCUCGUGGCUGCUCUCGAUCAGCUGCAUCGCGCCCUCUGUGCAGUCAGUGGUGGACGGCCCUGCCUUGGCCGCCUACAAGAAGAACCCCUGACGGACCUGUGCUUGCCAUGCCGUAGGGCCUUUAGGAGCAAAGUGGCAUGGGCGGGCCAUGCAGCCCGCAUGCACGGAUACAGAAGCAGUGCCUACCUCACUGGCAGUGGCAACUUGUGCCUGUGCUGUGGUAAAAAUUUUGGGUCAGUUGGAAGGCUCAGACGCCACUUAACAGUAGUGCCGGCCUGUGUUCAGGGAUGGGGCUCCUUUCAACGGGCCAGCUCUACGACAACAACGGAAGUCCACCCUCUUGCACCUCCUUUCCUCGAGCAGGGCACGUGGAGGCCAAUUCCCGUCGCUGCUGACUGCCAAGGCAUCUCCCCUGGCCUACUCAGUCAGCUCGAGCAACUAGCACAAUGCGACGAGCAAGAAGUUUGGCAAUGCAUUGAGGACUAUAUAGAACCGUUAAGUGUUCUAAGGGCUACUGUCAUUCACUGGAGAGAGCAACACCGUGGCAGUGAAUGGCAUGUCGAGGUUGCAGAGAAUAUGCUGCUGCUCCUCGACCCUGAAGUCUCUGCAGACUUCCUUCCGGAUGCCACCAAGGCCGUCAAGACCCCCCCCUUUUUGGUGCCCAACUGGGGUCUGCCUGGUCGAUUGGAUUUUGACCUCUCCGGCGCCCCCUUCCAGCCUUCUCUCGAACGUCCCCCAGCAGUCUGCAUGUCGCUCCACGAUCCUACCAGUGUCUCCCUGCGAGAUGCUAAUGCGCUUGUCACGUGGGCUGAGGCAGCAUGUACAGUUGUUGCCCGCUGCGCAGCUAAGGCCCAAGAAGGGCCAGUUUUGGUAGACUGCCUUGGACUUUGGAAGGCGUUGCCACCUCUGCAGAGCUGGCUCGAAGCCCUCGGGUUUGCAUGUGAGGAGUCCGGCUUCCGCUCCCCGGGAUGA